ACUUUAUGGCACUUGCGUAGUGAAAAAUUAUUGCGUUACAAUAUUUGAGCGUUUUUCUUAUUGACAUAUUUAUACUGGUAUUAUUGUUAUUCCUUAUAAGAUGACUUAUUUACGAUGUGGUUUACCCUGAUUUUACUUUUGCCCAAAAUAAAUUACGCCGUCGAGCGAGAUUGUGCCAACAUUUCUUGUGACCAUAAUAAUGUAAAAGUGUGCGGUGUUCACACUAACGAGUAUAAAGUAGUUUCAUUUAGACUGUUUGAGGACAAAUGCGCGAUGCAGAAAUUUGAGUGUGAAACUGGAAUGAAAGGCUUUAAACCUACCCGCAUGGAGCACUGUAAAAAAGUUCUUUCACUGAAUUAUAGACGAAAUAGCAACUUCGUACAAAAUAAUACUGCCGAGGAACAGGAAGCACAAAUUGAAGGCAUCGUUUCUUCGAAUACAAAUACAGAAUUCGAUAUAAAGGACACAACUCAUUCUUAUGAACAUUCAACAUGCAUUCAAUGUGAUUGUAAUGCUAAACCCGACCCUCUAUGUGCGAUAAGAGCAAAAAAAGCGCGGUUCAUCAUCAGAUGGUUUCACGACAAGUGUCACAUGUUGCAGUACAAUUGUGAGAAUAAACUUAAUUUUACUGAAACCGAUGACUACAUUUGUGUUGGUAAUAAAAAAUAUCAAAAACUAAAGCAUGAUUUAUCAAAAGUGACUGUUAAAACAACUGCAGUAACAGAUCAUAUGGAAGUAAUUGAGACAAAUAAACCUGAUUUAGAAAAUCAAUCGUGUAUACAACAUGAAUGUAUUUCAGAUGAAAGAACAGUUUGUGCUAUAAGGGCAGAAGCUGAGCGUUUUAUAAUUCGAUGGUUCAAUGACACGUGUCACAUGCUGCAAUAUAAUUGCGAGAAAAAGGUAGAAUUUAAUGUUACUGAAGAUUUUCUUUGUAACGGAGACAAAGACUUUACAGACGAAGGCGAUGAAGACGUUAUAGAAUAUAAUGAUAUUAUAUCACAAGUAGAAAAUAAUACACAACUACUUGAAGAAGCUGAACAAUUAGAAUAUGUAGAAGCAACAACUUAUGAAGAAAGCUACAAGACUGAAGAUGUAGAUGAGGAAAAUUUGCUACCAUCAAAUAUAGUAGUAUCCACGUAUAAUAUCAACGACGACAUCAACAAAACGGUGCACGAAUUCUUCGCUGCAACACACAAAACAGGUAUAGAAAUGGAGGAAAUAGGAAUAGAGGAUGCCCGCAGGAUGCUUGUGAAGUACACGGGACCACUAAACUUCUUCAAGCCACGAGCCUUCGUACCGGCGAACUACACGCCUAUUGAAGACAUGGAUGAUUCUGAGUACCACGAAUAUUACCCAUUGGCCAAGUUUUGCUACCACAAAUGUCCCAAGAAAUGUCCAGACUUCUAUAGGCCCGUGUGUGGCGCUCGCAUCGACAAUAAGAAGCAGACUCCGUUCCUUUUCUACCCCAACCACUGCUACAUGGACAAGGCCAAGUGCAACAUGUACUGGAAUGAUUAUAAGGGCACCAAUCUUACAGAAAUCGAAGAGAUGGGUUUCAUUUUCUGCGGAGGGUUCAAGGUGAUGAAUAUGUACUACAUGUACCCAAUAAUCCGGCUGCUGCAGAGGAUGGGCCGGAUCAAGAAGAAAGGGAAAGCCCAUUUCGUGAUGCGGAAUUUGGGCAGCUUCCCCUUCCAUUUGCAAGGGAAGUAAUGGGAGAUGAUGAGAAAAGGAAUAGAAUUGAAAAAUAAAUUAUUUAAUAAAAGCCAUACAUA